GGCGCCGGAGGAGGAGGACCAGCCUGCACUAUGAAUCCGUGGCUCCUGGUCUGCCUGGUGGCCUGCUUCGUGGGUGCCUGGGCUCCCACUGUCCACGCUCAAGGUGCUUUUGAGGACUGCUGCCUGGCCUACCACGGCCCAGCAAGACGGUCCAUGCUCCGGUACGCCCAGAGUUACCAUCGCCAGGACGUGAGCGGGAGCUGCAACCUGCCUGCAGUGAUAUUCUUCUUCCCCCACAAAAACAAGAUGGUGUGUGGGAAGCCAGGGACCAGGUGGGUGCAGAUUGGGAUGAAGAUCCUGGAUGCUCGGAGGAAGACCCAGUUAAAGCCCCACCACGGCACCCGGAGAAACUUCCAAGUCCCUCAUUCUGGGGUGAGGAAGUUGAGCUCUGGAACCUCCACGCUACCAUGGUCGAAGUUUAGUGGUCCCACCAGAAGCAGCAAGAGGAAAACCUCCCUCCUGACAACAGCUAAUCCAGGUCAGGACGCUUGAGCAUGUGACCAUUCCUCCCCUCAUCACUCCUGAGGAAUGAGGGCUCCUGAUCAGUCCAGACUGGGUCAGAGGACUC